UGUUUUGUUUUGUUUUGCAAGCGUCUGAUGUCAAAAACUAGAAUAAACUCUAGCUAAUAUUAUUAACAAUGAAACUAGUUUGAAUGGAAAUUGAAAUGUAAAAAUGUCGGAAACAGCUAUUUGUCGACUAUGUGCACGGCAAAGUAUCAAUUUUAUAAGAGCUUUCGAAAAAGAAGGAAGAAACCUGGAUUUAGUCAAAAGAAUCUCACAAUGUCUACAAAUUUUGUUGUCUCCUGAUGACGCCCUACCAAAAGAAGUCUGCAAUCAGUGUUGUGAUAAGUUAGACGAAACGUCUAAAUUUCACGAAUGUUGUUCCAAAGCUCAACAGUAUUUGAUAUCCUUGUUCAGUUCAAAAGAAUCAAACGAGGUUGUUAUUUCAAAGCUAUCAACAGAAGACUACAGAAAUGAUUCAAACUCUGCAUCGGAUUACAUUGAUGCUAAUCGACUGAUAUCUCAAACUACAGAACUUGCAAAUUUAGAAAAUAUUAAUACAUGUCAGCAAAUUGUGAAUUGUGUAAGAAAUAACGAUGAAAAUAAGCUUUCAAAACCGACUCUAACUGACCUGGACAAGGUAACAAGCAACGCUUCAGAGUUGAAUAGCCUAUCAUCUCAAAAAGUGGUAAAAAUACUGCUUGCAAUGAAAUUGCCACAAACGUUGUUGAAGAAUGCAUAGAUAUGAUUGAAGUGGAUGAAAUAGAUGAUGAUGAUACUUUGGAUCGAUUCAGUGAUGGUGAUUACUCUGAUUUUGGAGCAGAAGACAGAUUACAAGUGGCAAAAGGUGAACGGAAGGGAUGGAGUUGCUACGAAUGCACUUCAAUCUUGCCAACUCUGCCGGCUCUCAAGGACCACUAUACAAGAGAACACAACCAGCAGCCUGUAUUCAAAUGCACGUGUUGCACCAAGGUCUACAAUAGGUACCGAAGCUAUGCCAGGCAUAUCAAAACGCACGAUGCUAUUAAGAAAUACAGCUGUGACGUAUGCGGCAAACGAUUCACGCAGAGGACAAUCCUGAAAGCACACAGCACAGUUCACAGCGGAGAGAAGCCGUUCUCUUGCAAGCAGUGCGGCAAAACGUUCAAACAGUACAGCUCGCUUUUUGUUCACCUCAAGACUCACGCCAGCCCAGCCAAUCCACAGAAAAAGUUGCACUGUACCGUUUGUCCUAAACUAUUCACAACAAAACAGGCGCUCUCACUUCACCUGAAAAGUCACUCUGGUGAGAGGGACUUUGUGUGUGAUAUCUGUGGCAGAACCUUCUUAGUCAAGAGCAGUUUUGACUAUCACUUGACAACGCACGAAGAUGUCAGGCCACAUGUGUGUCAUGUGUGCGGCAAAACUUUUCGUUCGAUGAAACUGCUGACGAAGCACGGGAGCGUUCACACAGGCGUGAAGCCACACCAAUGCGACGUGUGUGGCAAGCAGUUUCGCGAGCGAAGUGCGCUGACUGAGCACAGCCGGGUGCACACUGGAGCAAUGCCCUAUUCGUGCACGCACUGCACUAAGCGGUUCCGCUUCAAGAGCACUCUCACGGUUCAUUUGAGACAACACACUGGUGAGCGGCCCUACCACUGCUCAGGAUGUACCCGGGUUUUCACCAACUGGGCCAACCUUAAUAAACACACAAAACGCAAGCAUAAAAACGAUUUAAAAACAGAGGAAACUUCUGAAACAACAGGAAACGACAUCAUAAAUGAAUCAAACCUUGGAGAUAAUAUGGCUGUAACAACCCAAUCACUGAUACGAGUUGUCAACGAUAAAACAUUAUUUGGAAAACCUGUUCAAAGUGGCUGUGAAAUUACAACUUCGGUUCAAAAAGGAUGUGGGAUUUCUUCUACAGUUCCAAAUGGAUGUGGAGGUUUGUCAUCAGCCGUUCAUAAUGGAUGUGAAAUACCAUCUACAGUUCAUGAAGGAUGUGAAAUACCUUCUACAAAUCAAAAUGGGUUUGGAUUUUCGUCAUCUACAGUUCAAAAAGGAUGUGAAAUGUCAUCUAUAGACCAUAAGGGAUGUGAAAUACAAUCUAUAGUUCAUAAAAGAUGUGAAAUACCAUCUGCAAUUCAUAAAGGCUAUGAAAUGCCAUCUACAGUUCAUAAACGAUGUGAAAUACCAACUCCGGUCAACAAAGUAUGUGAAAUUCCUUCUGCAUGCGUUAAUCUAUCAGGUUUUAUUGAAAAUACUCAUAAAAUGAGUGAAAGUCGUGCCUUAGUAAAUGGUGAUUCUGUAUAUACGACACAAAACAAUCAGUAUAUGCCAGUAACAGGAUUGGUAGGUUUUUAUACAAACACAAGUCAUGAGUUACAAUAUCCGCCCAAUCAAGGUGGUAGUUUGAAUAGAUAAUAUUUUUAUUCAUGUAAAAUGCGCUGUACUAUUACUUAGGGUUGUGUGGAGAGAGGAUGUAGAGUCCUAACUCCGCCCUCAAUGAAGGCAAUCAUUCAAUUCAAUUACCCGGUGGUUUGGAACCCACCUUGAAUAGUGAGUUUAUAUGCCCCAUAACAAGGCGAUAUGGCAAGGUGGAAUACCUGUUCAAGUUUAGCACAUUAUGCUAUAGUGAGGUCCACGUUAUAAUGACAGUAUUUGAUCAACAUUGGUUUUUCUAUCCUUGUCUAUCAUUCGACAAUGGUGGUACUAUCCUUUUCUAGGUCUGCAGCGAUGCCAAUUAUGUUUUUGACAGUGUAGAAAUAUAAUUAAUUAAUGAAGAGAAUCGGCAUCGCUAUUCUUCUAUCUUUAUCCACUGCCAUUAUAACAUGGACCUCACUAUAGUUGCUAGUAAUGGAUUUGAAAUUGCUAGUGGAUAAUAUGACCAGUCUAUUUGACUGUAUAUCUAAACGUGGCAUUGCCAUCUUCUUCAAGUACAAGACU